CCCGUUUCUCCUCCUUCUCCUCGCCAGCCUCCUCAUACCGAUCCUCCUGGUCCUCCUUCCCCCCUCCGUAGCCAUUUUGGCUCAAGCUUGUCUCAAGCCCCCUGGUCGCCAUUUGACCAUUUGCCUGCGUUCAUGGCCGGUCCGGGUGCUGUUGCUUGAGAAGAAUGGCGCGGGAGGGCGGGGGUGUUGCCCUUCCGAGGCGUUCGCUUGGCCAGCGCAAGGCUGCCUGCGACUGGGCCCGUCGCCCCGCCGACAGGGCCGUGGUCAGGCUGUCCGAGAAACUCGCCCGUGCCAAGUCGGAGCUGGACGCCGUUGUGGAGACGCUGGACGGGCUUCUGGGCAGCGCGGAGGAGGCGGGGCGCGUGCGCGCCAUCCUCCCAGCGCUGACGGCAUUGCUUGAGGGGCGCUCUGCUGGGUGGCCGGCGAGGCUGCGCAGGAACGCGGCGCUUCAUCCUGUUGCGCCAGGCGUCACCAUCGACAUGGCGGACGCGUCCACUCUUCGGAAGGCUCAGCACGGGCCUCGUCUCGAGUCCAGAAUCGGCGUCCUCUCGAAGCAUGCCGCGCCCUUCGUGCCUGGCGGCGGAUACUGGUGCGGGCUGGCCGACGUGGAUUCGUCGUUCAUCACUUGGCGAGGAGCCCAAUUUUGUCGCGGAGCAGUUUCAGGAGCAGGAGUUCGUCCCUACGCAGCGGUGGACGACUCUGGCCAGGUUUGGUUCACUUUAUCCACCUGCAAGGCCUUCGGGAGCCACUCUGCGAGUCCUGCGAUCCUGGCCUUUCCCAUCUCACGGUCGAGGAGCAGGAGGCGGAAAGGCUGUCUACGGAAGUCGCGCUCCCGCUGCGUCGCGUAGCGCCUGCGUGCUCCGAUGGGCCUUAUUUGGGGUGCGCUGCCACGGUGCCACAUGAAGGGUGAUUUGUGCGCUCCGACAUGGACGCCUUCGCGUCCAGCUGUGGUGGCACCGUCGUGCACGCUAACUGCGAGACUGCCUCCUGCGAUGGUGAGGGCCUCAGCAACAUGUUCUUCACGGUGGUGGCGUCCAGCUUCCCAGCUGCGAGGGGGGGCCAUCUGGAGACGUGCGCCGUCGUCCACGCGUUCCAGGCCAUCGACGCCUUCAUCAUCGCGCCCUUCGCGCGUGUGACUGUUGCUUUGUCGUCAUCGCUGAGUCCGACGGAUCGGACUCCGAAGCGCUCUGGCGCAAGGACUACGACAUGCUCCUCUGCCCCUUGUGCUGGCCUCCGAAGCUGGAGCAGCGGUUCACCGUUGCGGCGCAUAUUCUGUGAAGUGCUUUCUUCGCGGGCUGCCUGGCCCUGGUGCGGGACCAUAGCCAGGAGUUGUCGCUUUCCCUGUUCGGCAUCGUCGACGUCGGCUUCGACUCCGCGUGCUUCGUUAAGUUCACGGGGCGCGCGUGCCUGGAGUUCAUCGUCUUCGGCGGGGUCGUGCACGGGAGGAGGGAAGAGUGGUGCACCUGCAGAAAGAAUG